AUGGCUAAAUUACGACGCGACACCCAUGCAGACCAAUAUUUCCCUCCGCCUAACAAUUCCAGGUCUCUUCGUGUCGUGGCCUCGGGCACCUUGUUUCUGACACACACCCUCUCCGUCCCAUGUCACCCUACGCCUUCAACUGUAGUUCGAGCACAUUCUGUGCAAAAGACCCGAGGUGGCUCCGCGAAUACUGUACUCUCGCUCCUGGCCCAAUUUCCGAAUGUCGAGGCUGUCCUAGUCGCACCAUUAGGCGGAAAUGAUGAAGGAAAAAUGGUUCUGAAGGAUUUGGAAAAUGAAGGCGUAAUGACGCGGUACUGCAAGAUUUGGGACAAUGCUGGGGUCCCGAGCGCUUGGGUACUGCAUUCUGCGGAGGGUGAUACAAGGACGGUCGUGAACCACAACCCUCUACCAGAUAUCACGCACGAGGAUUUUGUGUCUCUGCUGGGGCCGCUUCUCGCUCCAGAAAACUAUCCACCAAUAGAACCAACAAAUAGCCCGAAUAUACCAAGCUAUCCUUCAACCCCUCCUUCAGGUUCAACACCUCGAGCAUCUCAAUCUGGACCGCGUCCUCCAAUCCUCUUUAAUCCAAAAAGCCCAGCUCCGUUCGACUGGCUCCACUUCGAAGGUCGGUCAGUGAAAACCACGUUAAGUAAUAUGACUGGCUUGGAUGGGUUAGCGCGAGAACGCAAGUGGCGAAGCCAUUGUGUUUUUAGCGUCGAUGUGGGUCGCAAAGGAAGACAAGGCGUCGAAGCGCUAAUACCCCAUGCGGACGUGCUUUUUCUGAAUAAGCACUAUGCUCAGGCUCACUCUCCCCAUUACGCCACGACGCCAAGAGCGUUUCUGCUCUCCCUGGUCUCCAUCGCGCCUCCUCAUGCCCUUCUUGUCGCCCAUUGGGGUUCUGAGGGUUCAGCUGUCUUAUCUCUGCCAACGAAAGAGUACUUCCAAAGCUCUGGUUGGGUUGAAGAGAAGCCGCUGAAGAUUAAUGGUGCUACUGGUACUCAACAACACCGAAAUCAACCCUCUGGAACCGUCACAGAACUACGAUCCGUAAGGAGUGGUAGCGAUUUCUGGGCUGGGGGACCACGAAGUCGGACACCGUCGUCCAGCGCUUUCACAGCGGGGGACAGCCACUAUUUGUCAGACGGUGGGAACGACAGUGGGAUUGGGCACUCUGAUAAAUCGUAUCGGAGGGCUCCGGCGCAUUCGCGUGGGGGGCAAGGGCAUAAUUCGAGUGGUCAGUAUACCACGGAAGACGAUGACAACGACUCACAGGGGACUGAGACGCCUGGAGGGGAUAAUGAUCUGGAUAAUGAAGUUGUUGAUGAGGUUGGGUCGCAGGACGCGUUUAUUGCGGGAAUGAUUUUUGCGCUUAGUAGGAGGAUAUGUCCUGGGUCUCCUUAUACCCCUUCUUGGUCCGGGGAAGACCCAGGAACUUCGUCAGAGUCUGAACGUGGUCGAUGGCGGUUAGAUGAAUGUUUACGAUUUGCGACGGAGUUGGCUGGUCGGAAAGCUAGGCGACGGAACUGGGCUGGAUUGGCUGCUGAAAUGGUUCAGGCAGGCUGGCUUGAUUCCUGA